AUGCCAACUGUAGAACAAUAUGUUGGCACCAUAGAUCCAAAAGAUCACUUGGAAACCUUCAAGCCCCUCUUGUUCUUUCAAGGCGCCUUUGAUGCUAUAAUGUGUAGGGCUUUCCCCUCCACCCUGAAAGGAGGGGCGCAGCAAUGGUUCUCUCGGCUCCCUCCACGGUUUCUUUCCAAUUUCACCAACUUGGGACAGGCCUUCUUGGCUCACUUUGUGAGCAGUAGGGUUCAUAAGAAGACAGCCGCUAAUCUACUGGCCAUAAAGCAACGCCCCGAUGAGUCCAUCAGGGGUUUUCUUACCCGGUUCAAUAAAGAGGCUUUGGAGGUGCAAAAUUUGGAUCCAAUAGUGAAGUUCCAGGCGCUGCGUAGCGGAAUACGAGAUGUCGAGUUGAAGAAAUCCUUGAUCAUGGAUGAACCAAGAGAUAUGUAUGAAUUUUUUUCUAGAUGUGAAAAAUAUAUCAAUUUGGUUGAAGUUCUUACAGCCGAGAAAGAAGAUAAAGCUGAGAAGAAAGUUCAAGAAAAGAAGGAGGAGAUCCCUCGCGAAGCGUCAUCGAGAUGA